AUGGGUGCGGAGAUAGGGAAGGAGCUGCUCCUCCCGUCCUCCCACGCCCUCCCACCAUUUGCGAUAGCCAAGCCCUCCAAGAGGGACCUCAGGGAAGAGGCGAUUUGGGCCGAGAGGGCGCGGGAGGAGGAGCAGCGCGAGCAGGAGCGUGACCUGCGGGUGUUCCUCCACUACCGCAACGUCCGCGACUGGCACAAGGGCGGCGAGGAGAAAUGGAUGCACCGCACUGUCGAGAGGAAGGUCCAGGAAACCGUGCAGCAGUACCUGCAGGAGAUCGAUGUGAGGAGGCAGAGGCUUCGUGACUUUCUGGAGGCAGAGGAAAGUAGGCACUUUGCUGAGGUGGAGGCACUUGAUGAAGAAAAGGCACUGGACAGAGAAGUAAAGAUGAAAGAGCAAGCAAAAUUACUGAGGGAGAAGAGGGAGCAAGAAAGACUACGAGUGGUGGCUGAAAAACGAGAUCAACAGUUUAGAAACCGGUGUGAGGAGUAUCGUAUACACCGUAAAAAACUGAGUGAGAAGGAAGUGGGUGACUGCCAGCUGGCCCAGCAGACUCUGAGGGAGAUACUGAGAAAGGAAGAGGAGAUGCAGGAGCGGAAGUUGGAAGAGAUUUGUGAGAAGGAGCAGUUGGCUAAGGAUGAGAGAGCGGAGCUGAAGGCGCAGGAGGUGGCAGCGCAGAUCCAGGAGAUGGUGAACGUGCGUGAAGCCCAGCUGGCCGUGCACGCCGCGCGCAGAGAGGAGAAGAAGCAGGAGAUCAGAAAGGAGGCUGAGCUGCUGGAAGAAGAGCUGCACCAGCUUAGGAAAGAAAAUGAAGAGCUUGAGAGGAAGAGGCGACAUCAGCAAAAGGAACGCAGGGACAUAUUGCUCAAAGCAGUGCAGGACAAGGAGAGGCAUCUUGAUGAAGAAAAAAAAGCUCAACUUGCCAUAGAGAAGAAGAUGUUGGAAAAAGAUUUUCAGGACACCGACAGUGAACAUGAGGAGAUGAUAAAAAAAAAACAAGCGCUGUUGAAGGAGCAACUCACCUACCUGGAUCAUCUGGCUGAGCAGCUGAGGAGGGAGAAGCAGCAAGAAAAAGAAGACGAGAAGGUCUUCAAGGAAGAAAGGGAUCAGCUUUGGGCUGACAAGGUUGAGAAAAUGAAACAAGAGAGGGAGGCUCGAUUUCAGCUGCUGAGAGAUUUCAUGUACACAAUUCAGGUGCAGAUAGAGGAGAAGUUGCAGAAAAAAGCGGAGAGGAAAAUAGAGAUUGCUGAAGAGAAGAAGGCAAUGGCAGAAGCAGUUAGAUUAUUCGAACAGGAAGAAGAAUUAAAACGUAUAAGAAAAAUGCAGAAGGCCAAAGAAUACAGAGAUCAGCUUGCAACUCAAAUUGCCUACCAACAACGUCUCCAAAAAGCUGAGGAAGAGGAGAGGAAGAAAGAGCAUGAAUUAAAUACGGAAACAGAGAGAGAGUACCAAGAAAGGGUACAGUUCAUUCUGUCAAUGCCCAAAGAGUCCAUAGUAAAGCCCCCCAUGACAAAAAAAGCACUAAUGCAUGACUCUUAAGGGCAUCACUCACUGUGAUAUUUUAGCUCACUCAGUUGCCUUUAAAAACAUUUUCUUAGGAUACUUACACUUGACUUGAGUUGGAAGAACUCUCUCCAUUGUGACACUCUAACAUUUAAUGCAAGAUUACAAGAAACAUAGUAUUUUAAAGCUUAUUUUUCACCAUGGAUUUAUUUUUUUUUCAUAAAUCUGAUAGAAUCCAAGGUGCUUGACAUUUUAAUUCAAGAAUACUGUCUGCCAUCUACAAUAUAAUACUGUAUUAUUAUGACAUAAAUAAUGCACAUGAAUUCUUUUAAAUCUGCACAAAGAAAACUUGUAGAAAUCUUACAGCAAAUCUUUAUUAAAAUGCCUUUCAAA